AAAUUUCUUUACAAAAAGACGUGUUCUUUUCGUAAAAAUAAACGUUUUUUUUUAACGAAAUUUUUAAAGAUUUCGUAAAUAUUUUUAAAAUAAAAAUAAUGUAUAAUUAAUAGCAACAAAUAAAGGCCUAAUUACUUAGUGUAGUAGUGUUUGGAAACGAAAAAAAUCUCAUUUAUAUAAGCAUUUAACCAAGAAUUCAAUGGUUGAUUUUGCAUAAAAUCAACUAACGCAAAAGAAUCAUACACAUAAUCGGUCCGGGCAGUGGUUGCGCAACUCCACCUCCCCCUUUAUUUUUUGUUAGCUAAAAUAUAUUUAAAUUAAAUGGUAUUUUUGUUUUAAGAAAAAGUGUAGUGUUUAAUAAAGGAAAAUAAAACAAAGCACCAUGAAGAAACGUUCUAGUUCACGUGGUGGUCCCGAGACUGCCGAUAGCAGUAAUAAUGCAAAUUCUACUCUACAUGCACCUGCUAGCGUUAAGUCUGGUGCCAGUAGUGCACCCACCACACCAAUCAAAACACGUGGAGUUAAUACUCCUAAGCCAAAGCCUGAUGAAAUAGCCGAAACUUUUUUGGUAGUUAAUGAACGUCCUGUCGAUGAUAUAUCCUUGGAUUUCUUUUAUAAACCUCAUACUAUUACCCUGUUGGCGGUGUCUGUAUUGGCUGUUAUGUAUUUUGCUUUUGUAAGGGACGAAGGCAAUUUUGAGGAUAACAUUUGGGCUGGUAUAUUAUGCGUGGUCUUCUUUUUCCUAAUUAUAUCAGUGCUGACAUUUCCCAACGGUCCCUUUACACGACCUCAUCCGGCAGUAUGGCGUAUAUUAUUUGGCUGCUCCGUAUUGUACUUAAUGGCACUACAAUUUCUAAUGUUUCAAAAUCACAAAACAAUAAUGAAUAUAUUCUAUUGGCUGGAUCCCAAACUAAAAGAUUUUCACAUUAAUAUGGAUAAGGAAUACGGCGUCAAUUGCUCAGAUGUUUCCUUUGAACGUGUUAAAGGUCAUUUGGAUGUCUUUGCUUGGGGUCACUUUUUAGGUUGGGCUUUCAAGGCCGUCCUUAUCCGUCACAUGGGCAUUUUGUGGGCCAUUUCUGUGAUGUGGGAAAUUACUGAAAUUACAUUUGCUCAUUUGUUGCCCAAUUUCAUUGAAUGCUGGUGGGAUGCUUUAAUUUUGGAUGUUUUGAUCUGUAAUGGUCUGGGCAUUUGGGUUGGUUUAAAAAUUUGCAAAAUUUUGGAAAUGCGUGAAUAUAAAUGGGCUAGUAUUAAGGAUAUUUCAUCGACUAGUGGUAAAAUUAAGCGUGCCAUGUUACAAUUUACACCCGAAAGUUGGACUGCUAUUAGAUGGUUGGAUCCUAAAUCGACUGCUAUGCGUUUUGCUGCUGUUAUUCAGUUGGUGAUAUUUUGGCAGGUUACCGAACUCAACACGUUCUUCCUUAAACACAUCUUUGAAAUGCCCCCCGAUCAUUAUGUGGUUAUUGGUCGUUUAAUAUUCAUUGGUCUUUUUGUGGCGCCUUCAGUAAGACAAUAUUAUACUUAUGUUACGGAUACACGUUGUAAACGUGUGGGUACCCAAUGUUGGGUAUAUGGUGCCAUUAUGGUGUCCGAAGCGAUUUUAUGCAUUAAAAAUGGCAAAGAAUUAUUUGAACGCACGCAAGCUAUAAAUAUUGUAAUCUGGUUGACAGUACAAGUUAUAAUUUCGAUUGCCUUUGUUUAUGGUUGUAUAUUGUGGCAGCGCAUGAUGGAUAAACGCAAGAGUAAUAAGCAAUUACAACAAUCACCCUCAAAAAAAGUUAAAAGUUUGGAAAAACAACAAUCAAAAGGUCCCAUUUACUAUGUACAUCCUAGAAUCAUAGAACAUGCACGAGGAAAGUUAAAUAAAACCAUUAGCAAACAUGUCGAUAUUGAAAGCACUCCUUAUGAUAUUAAAAUUAAAAUUGUUUAAUGAAUUAUUAUUGUUAUCUUAAUUGCCAAAAAAAACAUCAUUAAUUAUGUGUGUCUGUCUCUAAGUUUUAUGUUUUAUUUUUUAAUUUCUUUGAUAACUUUUUUUAUUUCUUUAAUUAAAUUUUAAGAAAACCAUUGACAAUAUUUUGUAUACAGUGCUAAAUAAUAGUAAUCGUACAAAGCUGGAUAAAAGACUUGUUCUUAGAUCAAACUAUAGUCCAUCAUAUAGAUUAGAUUUAAAAUUAGACUAUAAUAUUUACUAGGUUAUAUGUAGGCUAGACUAUACUUAGAUGAAGUUAUAAUAACUAGACUAUAAAACAGUUUAAAGAUUAGGCUAUAGACUAGGUUAUAGAUCAGACUAUAGAAUACACUGCAUACUAGACUUUAUACUAGACGGUAGACUAGUCUAUGGACUAGUAUACAUAUUACACUGGACCAGACUGUACACUUAAAUAUAGACAAGACUAUAGACUAGACUAUACACUAAACUAUAGACUCGACUACAGACGAGAAUAUAUAUACUGUGCUGUAGAAUAUAUUAUAGAUUCGACUAUAGACUGGACUAGACCAUAAA